AGAAAAUGUAAUAAUAUAAUUGAUAAGAGAGGACUUAUGAAUUAGCUAUGUUUUUUUGAACCGAGUGACUACAACCACUUACUAGUAACAUUGAUUUUUGCAAAACACAAUUACAGAAUUAUCGAUUGUGCUUCAUGCGAUCGAAAUUGAAAGUUCAGUUAAUUUUUAAAAUUUCUUAAUAUGAAAUAGGUACCCAUUUUUAAUGAAAAGAGAAAUUGUGUGUUAUUUGUAGUCGUUUCCUCAUCCAUUAAACAUAAUAUUGCUUAGGACGUAGGUAGGUAUUAAUAUUAAAUUCAUUUAUCCGCAAGAUUGUUUACAGUGACCUCAAGUUGUAGGCUAUUUAUUAUUUGUUUAUUAAUCAAGGUUGUCUUAAGUGAAAAUUUGUCACUUGACUCGAAACGCACACACACACAAAAAAAAAAGGAAUAACUAUGAUAUCAAAAAUUAAUGCAGCUAUCAAACAAAACGAUUUUCAACAAGUAAAAAUAUUAGUCGAAGCUAUUAUUGAAGAAGUAAGUGACAUUUUGGAAGUAUUUAGUACACAUAUGUGUUCUUAAUAUCUACAUUGUUUGUAGCACAAGGAUACAUUUGUUUUUGAUGCUCUUCACGCUAACGAAACGUUCAAAGAGUUGUGGGAAGUUAUGUUCCUGUGUUUGACGGCAGACACUAAUAAAUAUAUUUACAAACAAUGUUUAAUGUGCAUUCGACUUUUGAGGUAAAGCACGCGAUCACCAUGUAUGACAUCAUAAUAAUAUAGUUGAUUUGUUAAAUUUUAAUAUAAAAACAAAUUUUUAAAUCUCAUUAAAUUUCAUAGUGUUUGCAUAAUAAGCAUUUGUCUAGUUAUUAAAAAUAAUUAUGUAGUUAACUUGAGUUAUUAGAUAGUUGCAAAAUACAAAAAGUACUCAAUAAAUUACUAUAUUUUAAAGGAAUUGGAGCAUGAACUAAACAGUAUAACUACACAAUUUUUGUGACAUCGAUACUAAUUAGUUGUAUACGAGUUAGAAGAAGAAAAUUAGUGUACUCAAUCUGUCAUCAUCUUAUAUAAUUUAAAUAUGUGCAUAAUCCAGUAAAAAUCGAAUAAAUAAUAAUGUGAUUUUUUAGAGUAUUACCAAUCUUGGGUACAUAUCAAAUAACCAUUAAGGCUGUUACUUACAUAAUACUAACAUUUUAGAAAAAUUUAUUUCUUGAAAUAUUAAAAAAUAAAAUCAUGGGUUGAUGUUAAAAAUGAUAAGUCGAUUAAAUUGGAAAAAUACCAAAAAGUGUCAACAGUUUUUAUAAAAAUAAAUAGAAAGUAUAAAAAAAAAUUGGACAUACUUUGCACGAUGGGUGGCCAUUGUUGUGAGAAGUUGGGAAGGUAAAGAUGAAAUUUAAUGUAUAUCUGUACGCAAUAAUUAAUGAUUGCUAAUGAAAAAUUAUUUCUAGCCAAGUAGUACCAUCCGAGUCAAAUUUCCUUUCAGGCACUUUAUUUGAAAAUCUGAGCAAAAUUUUAGGUAGAAGUUGUUUACAGGAAGAAAAAAAAACAUCACUGUAAAACCAAUACGUUUCUCGCUCCUCUCAGAAUCUAAAAUAAUUGAGAAAUAAUAAUUAUUGACUCAGUUUAUAAAUUUCCUUUAUGGGUUACAAGUUUAAUUUUAAUUUUUAGUAUAUUAUAUAAAUUUGUACAUCUUUAAAUUUAAUUCCAAUGGACUAGAAUGUUUAAUACAAAUCACAUAUUCUAUUAAGGAUAAUUUUUUAUUUUUCUCUACAUUAUAUUAAUAGAAAUUUGUCUUGCAUUGGUUUAAUUGGUUAAUUUAUUUUCUAAUUUUCAGCCGAGAUAAAACACAUUUAAAUGACAUUUUAACUGAAAACCAUGUUAACAUUCUACUCGAAUGCGCCAAUCUUGUUGAAGAUUCAUUGUGUAUAUUGAUAACAGCUGAAAAUACCGAUGGUAAUUUAAUACAGAGUUAAAACAAUAAUAAUUUAAAUUUUAUAAGAAUUGUAUUUACAGUUAUUGUUGAGGGCUUGAAAUGCCUGUGUAAUAUUGUGUACAAUUGUAAGACUGCACAAGAAGUGUGUUGUAGUAAUAAAACUGUUGACUGUAUUAUACUCAGAUUGAGAACAUAUUUCGAACAGAACAUUCCAUAUGUCAUUAAAUAUUUUGAUAUCAAACUUUUGUUUCUUCUGACUGCAUUAAAUAAAGAAAUAAGGUAUUUAAUAAUAUAUCUUUUUUUCUUUUUUUUUUAAAUAUAUAUUUAUUUAUAUCUUUUUUAUUGAUUUUCAAGAUUAAAAAUUACUGAAGAAUUGCAUGGAGUCACAUACCUUAUGGAAGUUUUAGAUAACAUAUUACGGGAUACUAUCGAUGAUGCUUGGAAAAAUAAUUCGUCUACCUUUCAGGUAUGCUAUUUUAUUUGCCGCAUAAAAGAAAAUAUCAAUAAUUUAUUAUACUGGGGAUGUUUGCAGGAAGAAAAUGUGUUGCUAAGCUGUGAGAUAUUAAAAACGUUGUUUAAUUUGACAGUGAUUCCGAACAAUGAAUCGUCCGAAGAAGAUGACUAUUCCAUUUGGAUUAGACUGAUUUCCAUACUACGUGAUUUACUUGUUACUUCAACUUUUGUCCCGAUAUUUCAAGACAAUAUUGUUUGGUAACUUAUUUUUUUUUCUGUAUGUGGAAUAUGAAGUAUAAUACUUAUAUACAAAUAAUUAAUUAUUAUUUUAUUAGCAAUGUUGUGAACUUGUUGACAAAUGUACCGCCAACCUGUUUGGAUCAACUGUUCGUUAAAAACCAUUGGUGUGAUGAUAUCGACGCUUUAAAAGUCAUAAUAGAUUUCCUCGACAGUAGAUUGUCUAAUACAGAAGUAUGACUUUUUAUUAGGUUUAAAAGAAAACAAUACAGUACAUUGUUUACUAUGGUGAUUUUAGAAUCCAGUUUAUGAAAAUAUUUCCCCUGCGUUGAUGGUUUUACUAAAAGGGUCGAGGUCUAUUGCGAAAUUUCGUUGUGAAGUCCGACAGCACAUUUUACCUCCGUUGAAAGAUGUUAUCAAUAGACCUGAACAAGGGAAUACAUUGCGUAAUAAAUUGUGUCGUUUGCUUACCACUCCCAAUGUAAGUCUACGUGACUUGGUUGCCGAACUACUAUUCGUUUUGUGUAAAGAAAAUGGUAUAUUAAACUAUAUUUGUUUGAUUAUUUAUUUGAAAUAGUAUGUUUAAUUUAAAUAUAAUCACAUGGUUUUUAGUGGGUCGUAUGAUCAAGUACACUGGAUUUGGGAACGCAGCUGGUCUAUUUGCGAACCGAGGAUUACUUUGUAAAACAUCAAAUCCAGAUUACUCGUCAAAUAGUGAAGACAGUGAUACAGAAGAAUACCUGACAUACAAAGACCAGUAAAUUUGUUGUUUAAUAAUAGUGUAUUAACACUUAAUAUAUACAAUUUUAUUUUUAUGAAAACCAUUUUAUUUAGAAUAAAUCCAGUUCUUGGUUGCUAUGAACCACCCAAACCUAAUCCAUUUGAGUGUAUGUCUGUCGAACAACAAGAGCAUGAAGUUAUGCAAUUAGUGUCCAAAAUGGAUAAACUCACUCGGUAAUGCCAAUGUUUAUAUUAUAACGUAAUUUAAAUUAUGAUUCUAUCAAUCUAUUUUAUUUUUUAGAGAAGGAGUAAUACAACCAUGCAAAAUUGGUGAUGACGGUCGUCCAAAACCCAUCGAACAUGUUCUUCAACUUCAAGAAGAAUUAAUGAGUCAUUUUAAUAACAUCAAAAAUAAAGAUAACCCAGAUGAUGGAAGUGAUUAAGUCAUUUAAAUAUACAUAUUUAUUAAUUUCAAUGAAAAAUGUAUACCUACUCAAACUUGAUACUUGCAUAGUACCUGUUUACUAAUUAAUAAUUAGCAAUAAGUUAACAAAAUUACUUAAUAGUAGAUUUGACCAGUCAAAAUUCUUUUUAGUUAAUUGACCGGUCAAGUAUGGUCAACUAAUGUCACAUUUUAUUUUGAUAAAAAUUAUAAAAUUAUCAUAUUCUUAAAUCUAAAAUACAUUUUACAAUUUAUAAUUUUUACUAGAAUUUUAUAGAGAAUAUUUUGAAAUUAUUAAAUAUUAUUUAUUCAACAGUGUUUAAUAAAUUAACAGUGUAGUCUGGACAAUAAAUUACCUAAAAUUAAUUUGUGGUUAAUUGACCAUAUUUUAACCAGUUAAAUUCUCUGUGUUAAUCUUAAAAAGUAGUUUUUCGGAGGUUUUUUUAAUAAGGCUGUUUUUAAUAAUGCAUUUAUAGUCUUAAUUAUUAAAAUUGAGUCAUUCGAAUUUGCCAUCUAGUAAAUUUAGUCAAGUAAAUUAUGCAACUAAAAUAACAUAGUUAGUAGAUUUUAUUAGACCAAAAGUUUAUCAUGCAUUAUAUCAAAUAAAUAAAUGUAAUGUUAUUUUUCACUUCAUUAUUUAUAUGAUUCUAACACCGUGACUUAAUUUUAACCUUUUAGAACCAUGAAAAUAAAUUACAUUUAUUAUUUAUUCAUAAUAGAAUUAUUAGUAUUGUUAGAGUAAACUAAUAAUACUACUAUUAGAACAACCAAUUAAUAUUGUUUUUGAAUAUUAUUGCUCAUUGUCUUGUAUAAGUACAAUAAUUGUAUUUAAAAUUUUAAAUAUGUCGUAACUUAAUUAUUCUUGUUAUUUUAUAUUUUUGUGCACUCUACUAAGCUUAUUUUAUUUAUUUUUCAUUUACAUAAUUUAUCUAUUCAUUUUAUACACGAUUAAUAUUUUAGUUUCUAGUCAAAUAAUUAGGUUUAAUGUACCUAAUUACUUUAAUUGUGUAUUUCUUUACGUAUUUAAUAAAGAUGUCAACCAAACAUUUUACAGGGUUCAAUGAAAUGGAUCAAUAUUAAUUUAUUAAUAAAAAAUAUAGCAUAAUAUGUCUAUAAUUUUUUAAACAAUCAAACAAAUUUUAAUUGUUAUUUCAAAAAACAUACUUAAAAAAAUAUAUUUACCUGAUAUUAUUGUAUUAAAAAUAUUAUAAUUAAUCAUUCAAUAUACACAUACACAAUGAUCUGUAAAUUCUUAAACUAUUAUACAAAUCUAAUAUUCUAAACUCCUCUUACCUAAAUAAUUAAUUAGAUUUAUACUGUAUAAACACUAUAUAACUAAAUCUGAUAUUUAUUAUAUUCAUGACGUGUUUUCAAAAUAGUAUAUAAGUUUUAAAGUUUGCAAUUUAAGAUUGUUUUUCAAAUUAAAUAACUUCUGUAUGUGAACAAAUUAUUUUAUUUCAGUAUUAUUCAACAGUAACAUCAACUAAAUAAACUACAAAUAUACAGUAAAGUAAAGCUAUUGAAUUGAAUUAAAACUUAUCUCAAAUCUUUUAAUAACGUUAUGUUUUCAUUACUAUCUAAACUAUUAAUUUUAUUAUCUGGCCAAUAAUCGUCGGAUUUUCGUUCACGAUAGUUGUAUUUUAUAUAAUCCGGCUUCUCCUUGCAUAUGGAUAAGUAUGCUUCACAAAUUCGACCAAAAUCGCUGACAGUUAAUUGAAACGGCCUCGAGUCUGGUUCUAUUCCUGCGGUGGUUAACAAUUCCUUAGAAAGUUGGUCUCUGACUGGUUUUGGAAAAAGAGUCCU